UAGGCUGAAAAUCAAUAAUGAAACAUUCAGAAUCUACAGUCUAAGAGAGUUAAUGAUACGGGGAUGGCUUGUGAUGCUGAUUAUAAUAAUAACCAUUUCUAAUAUUAUUAUUUCAAACUUUUCAGACCAUAAGAACGAUGGUCAGGAAGAUGAAAUGAUAUGUCGUUUACUUAUUACUUCUCAACGGUUACAACUUUGUAACCGGUUAUGAACCCUCGUGCUUUGAUACAGGAUCUUCUCCAUAGUCUCACUACUACUGCCAGUUUAAAAGGAUAUGAUUAUUUUGUAAAAAAAUACUAGUUUUCUUAAGAAGUAAAAGAGAAGUAUAGAAAGAAUGAAAGACGGACAGAUUAACUCUAUAGUAUUGCAGCAACAUUGUCACUACUCAGGACUUGUAUUGUUCUACAAUGUAACGUUAUAACCGAUGAUCUUCGUGGCUUCUCUGAGUUUGAUGUUAAUUUGAUUUAACUCAGAAGACGACAUACUUCGUUCACCUGCCGUCACCAAACGUAUAUAGCACCUGGAUCCAUAUUGUGCUGUUAUGUUUGGAUACGCUUGGGUGCGGUUACUACCGGAGAAACCCGUAUGCCUGCAUGUGUCACAUUAUUGUAUCACGUGAAACAUCUUAGGAUGGUUCAAAUGGCGGGCGCUGGGAAUGCUGCAGGUGCUUGACAAUACCGGAGAGGGCGCUGUGCGCUGCGUGGGGUGACAGGUGAAACCGUCAGGUCACACCGCAGGUACGGUCAGUGAUGCCUUCAUGUCGGCCGGGAUGAGCAGCGCAGGAGUCUACCUCGGUUUGGGUAAACAAGGAGGGCCUAAGAUGUCUUCAACUGGCCCCAGGUUCAGUAUUUCGUCCAAAGCGGAGGCUUUAGACACGGAGAGGCGGAAGGAGAGCGCUCUGGCAGCGUUAGAACUUAUGGGGCAGUCUCGGCUGCGCCGCAGAAAGAAGCAGGCAGAGUUUGCGUCGGUGUCGGCAGCACAGCACGACAGCCGGGACUCUAAACACACCGAGCUGGACCGAAGGAGCUGGACCAUGCUGCCUAAAAUAGAGGAAAAACGGACUAAAGUGCACGUCGUUUCCAAGGAAGGAUUAAGAUCAACCCAAAACGACUAUUUGCCAAAGCUACAUCCAGUACAAACUCCGAAACUGCAUCAAACUAGUCAGAAACAGACGUCGUCCGGACCGCCGCAAAUCCUUAAACUUCACCAGUCAAAGCAUUCUUCCAAAAGUAGCAAAAAGAGCAAAGGACUCCCUCGCAUUUCCAAACCUCUUCCUUCAUUACCUGAGAAAAUACAUCUCGAAAAAUUCUGCAGAGUCGGAAGACUAAUUAUGUUGCUGCAUCGCCUCCAUCUGGAUCACUUUCUAGUAGCUGACGAACAGGGUGUUAUACGGAGGCCUGCGGGAAAUGCCGCCAGUCUGAAGAAGGACGAGAGGAAAAACGAACCGAUGUUUGACGUCACUGCGUUCAAGGCCAACAAACAGGACGUCCGUGUCUCGCACAAGACUAAAGAGAUCCUGUCUAUCGAUCCCAGCAACAGGACCACGGAGGAAACCAAACAUGCCAGUAUUGCGGUCAACUCCAUCAUUAGAAAGACCAUUGCUGAGUAUCCGCUGGAGGCGCAGAGGAAACUGACGGAGACUGGCUUCUAUCAGUGUUUUGGGCGUGGCAGGGUCAUCGUGCUAGAGAACCACAGACCGGAGGCGGUGUACUUUAUACUCUCAGGGCAAGCGAUGGAGUGUGAGUGGGAUGACGCAGCAGGGAGAUAUCGGACGACAGGGUUCCUACACAUGGGGGACUGUUUUGGGGACAAGGCCAUACUGGACGGCACGACUCACACCAGCACAAUAAUAGCUAAGAAGACGAUAGAACUUCUCCACAUACAACGACGGGAUUUCGAAAGGAUCGCGAGGACUAAAGGUCUCACCCAACAGGAGCAGGCUCAAGUUGCAUUUUUAGGGAGCCUGCGGUUUAUGAGAGGAUGGCCUCUGCAGAUGUUGCACAAAGUUCCAAAGAAAAUGACAUUCAGCUAUAUCAGACGAGGGACGGUCUUAGUGAAGGACAGCACUGACUCCGACUGGAUCUACGUCAUCAAGUCGGGAAGCUGUUCUGUGUUAAAGAAGUUGCAGAUGGUGGAACCAAAGGAAAGCACGCCACCAAAAGACGAAAUGCCGAAAAUAGACAUGACAAUCAAGUUGCUGAAGGACCUGGGACAGAAGAACAAGAAGAGAGACCACCACCACUUCCUGAGGGAGAGGUUUAUAGACUUCAAGCGGAGGAAGGCGGAGAUGAGGAAGGGCAGUUGGCGGGUCCGGCAGUUGGAGAGACCGGAAAUCAACAUCGACACUAAGGAAGAGACGCCGGAGUCUAAGGACAGCGUUCUCAAGUCACUGGAAAGUAUCAUCCUACAAGAACAGAUUCAGGAUGACCAGAGCAUGACUUCACAGAUCCAAGACAAGCCGGUCUUUGUCAAGAUCAAGUCCUUAAAUAGAAGAGGAGUCUUCGGUCUAGUUGACAUGGUGUUUGACAACCAGCCCAGCCUGAUCUUGGUAAGUGACGGUGCGGAGGUCCUCACGCUGUCCAAAAAGUUCUUCUUAGACAACGCUCCCGUACAGGUCAUCAACAAGAUGAAGGAAGACGAGAACCCGUACCCUAGCGAGCAGGAGAUGCAGCGCAGCCUGCAGAAGCACGUGAACUGGCGGGACUACCGGCUGAAGUCUCUCCACACAACCAUGCGGGAACUACAGGCCAGGCCGCCCAAAACUAUCCUGCCUCAUCUACACGACGGCAGGAAAUGGAACUCAAUUGUAGAAAACCACUAGGGGAGAAAUAAUAGCCCAGUAUAUUUAUUCUAUUGCACCAAAUAUUACAUACAUGUAAACCACAAUGAGUCUUGGUCGUCAAGUGCUUGUAAAUGUACAUAAAUCAAGCGAUUCUGAAAGUGGAAUAUUUUUGAGAAAUACUCAUAAACACUUGCAACACAAUGCAUUUGUAAGAUAUCUUAUUGUUAUUGAAUGCUGCAUAUAUCUCUAUCACCCGUGGAAACUUUAUUACCUUUCUUAAGGUUUGUUUAAUAUCUUGUAAAUCUUAAGGUCCUACUUACUUUUCUAUGUAAUUCGAUUUGUCUGACACACCAGUGAACUGGGAAGGUAUGGAUGAUGGCUUGCUGCAAAAAAAUGAAGUGUUAUACUGUAUAGCAAACAUGCAGAGGACGUUCACAAUGCACUGUUGCUGACAAGUCAAAACUGAUGCUGCUCUGAAUCUCACAAGACUAACAAUCUUGUCUAAAACCAUUGUUCAGUCACACUCUUAAAAACUUGGCAAACAAACACUUUUGUCUGUUAGAUGUUGUAUCAUACACAUUAUAUACUUAUAUUAUAAACCUGUGCAAUGUGUACCUUAUACAUGUGUAUGUGCUGAUGCUGCUAUUUGUGGAAGACUGUACACACUUUCCUUUUAAUUUUUGUAUUAAAGACACAAAACCACUCUUGGCUGCAUGUGCAUUGUUCUUCAAACUGGAAAUAAUGAUCGGAUUCUGCCAAACAGAAUUAAAGAUUAAUGCUACUAGUUAGCUUUU